CUCUCGCUCGUUCUCUCUCGAGUCGCGCCAGACUUCCGUCGUUAAAGCUCCCCGAAGCCCUAAUCGGUUGGUUCGUGAUCGGGUGCUUAUCCAUCUUCUUCUCGACGAAGAAGACCUAAUUGACGCUUCGUCCGUUCAGUUUAAAUGGGGAAGAAGCGUAAGCACGCUGAGGCAUCUGAAGCUCCCAAGGAGGAAGUAGCCCAAGAGAGACCCAAGCGCACCCUUUUAGGAUGGAAGGAUGGUGUUCCUGAGAAGCAGAAUAGUUCUCCAGUCUUUAGGAACAGAGAGAAGGUCCUUGUCACAUGCUCACGCCGCAUAACGUAUAGGUAUCGGCAUUUGAUGUUGAACGUGGUGUCCCUCUUGCCUCACUGCAAGAAAGACAGCAAGGUGGAGUCCAAAGAGAGCAAGGGGGCUACUCUCAAUGAGUUGAUUGAGCUUAGGAACUGUUCCAGCUGCUUGUUUUUUGAGUGCAGAAAGCAGAAAGAUCUUUAUCUUUGGAUGGUGAAGUGUCCAAGUGGACCUUCAGUGAAGUUCUUGGUUAAUGCUGUUCAUACAAUGGAGGAGCUGAAGCUUACCGGAAAUCAUUUGAAAGGAUCACGCCCACUUUUGACAUUUACCUCGAAUUUUGACAAAGAACCUCGCUGGAAGCUUAUCAAGGAAAUGAUAGUCCAGAUAUUUGGUACUCCAAAGGACCAGAGAAAAGUAAAACCUUUCCAUGACCAUGUCUUUGUCUUUUCAAUUGUGGAUGGUCACAUUUGGUUUCGCAAUUACCAGAUUUCUGUACCCCAUAAUGAGACAGAUAAGGUUGAUCGUGGAGGUCUGGACAAAUUGACACUUGUGGAGGUUGGCCCAAGAUUUUGUUUGAACCCAAUCAAGAUAUUUGGCAGCAGUUUUGGUGGUCCAACAUUUUAUGAAAACCCAUUCUACAUUUCACCGAAUCAGAUCCGUGCACUAGAGAAGAAGAAGAAAGCUGGAAAGUAUUCGAAGAAGGUGAAGGCCAAGAAGAGGAGAAAGAUGCAUGAGCUCUCCAACCCAUUAGAGCCUGAUGAGUUCGCAGAUCUAUGGAAGGAUUGAUAAAUGCAAGCGUCCAUGUCACUGUGCACUAGGAAUCCAAAUCCUGAGUUGUUUUUUCUGCUGCAAUAACUUGCAAAAAGACGGUUUGUUUUAAUUUUGUGGAAUUCUACUAUUAAUUGGUUGAAUUCUGAGGGUGUGAAAAUGCAGCAAAAAAAAAAUCCAGAUCAAGGCAACAUUAUUUAUUUCUCUAA